AUGCCCUCAUCCUCGACUGCAGCGGUACGUGGUUUCGAUCACACAGCCACUGUGGAAAAGCCCACGACCCCGCCGUUACCCCCAACUGGAGCAGACGAGCGCCCCGCAAUUCCCGUCAAGUCGGAUCCGGGGUAUUGCAUCCGCCGCUUUGUCGGACCGCCGGAACCAUCCGACCGGCCCCCGCUUUUCGCCGGUGUGACGCCGUCGCCGCUGCCGGGGAGUGCGGGAGCCAUCGGCCAAGCGCGGAUGGAAGAGAUCCUGGCUGGGAUACUUCCUUCCCUGUUGGAUUGA